UUUGUAAGCCCGUGAUAAAGGCUCACCUGACUUGCCUCUGACACGUAAACAAACAGCGGCCUCCUUUAUUCAGAAAUUUUGGCCGGUGCCUGUCAAGCAAUGGUGGGACCCAAGAAACUGACCGUGGAAGAGCAGCUGGCAAUAUACCGCAAGAGAAAGAAGCGAGAAGAAGAGGUAGCAGCCCUAAAACAUAAGGUCCGGAGCUUUUUCACCUCUGUCUUCACGGUUUGGAGGAGGCCAGAAAACGCUGCCACCCUCAACACGCCUGGCCCCGGGGGAGGCGAGCAGGCCCAGGAGACGGAAGGGACGCCCAGCCAGUCAGACAACAGUGUCAAGAUUCGUAGAAGGCAAGGAAGCAUGGGGGACGACAGUGUUGUGCUGGAAGAAGAGCUGCCAGAGCCACCACGCUACACAAGACUGGACUGGGUCAUGCUCCUCCUCAAGGUGGUGAUGUGGCUCUUGCUCCAGAAGGUGUUCAUCCUGCUUGAGUUUGGAGCCGUCUUCUUCAUCUUUAGUGCCUUUGUCUUCAUAUGGUACAACUUGAGAAAUGAGCCCAAGAAGAAGGGAGAAGCAAGUGCCUAUUCAGUGUUCAACCCCAACUGUGAACAGAUUGAUGGUACCUUCACCGCUGAACAGUUUGAACGGGAACUUCUAUAUAAAAUGUGAUACAAUGUGAUUAUUUAUAUUGCUCAGAUGUGCUUCUAUUAUCUGAUGUAUUUGUAUACUAUAUUGAUGUAUUUUUAUAUUGGCAUAAUGAUUUUUGUAUUAUAGUGAGGGUGUGUGGCUGAUUUAAUGUGUUAAAUGUUGAUAUUUUGGGUGUCUUCAGAAAUGUAGAGAUCCUGAUAUUUCUUAAAUUUAUACAGGUUAA